AUGAUUACUUUUCUGAUUACUCUUCUUUCCUUAAUCACCAUUGCUUCAUUUGAAAUCAAACCAAAGAUGUUCAGGACUACAAGAUCUUUACUUCGAUCUUCUACUUAUAGACUUUCCACUAGGCCGACAGUAUCCUCGAUAACUCGCAUCACACCAACAUUCACUAGACAUUUGGCUACUGCAAACACAUCGUCGGAAAACUAUGCCAAAGUAUACAACCCAAAUGCUGAAAAGGUGUCAUUAGCUAAUUUAGACACAUUUGCUAGAAGACACAUUGGUCCUACACCCAAGAACGUUGACAAAAUGUUGAAAACCUUGGGCUAUUCCAAUUUGGACGAGUUUUUAUCCAGUGCUGUACCAGAACAUGUGUUGAUCAAACGUAAAUUGCAAAUUCAACCAAGUCAAGGCUUCACUGAGCAAGAAAUGUUGAGACAUCUUCAUGAAAUUGCUGGCAAAAACAAGAUUUACAAAUCAUUUAUCGGAAAAGGUUAUGCUGGUACUAUCUUGCCACCAGUAAUCCAAAGAAACUUGUUGGAGCUGCCAGAGUGGUACACUUCAUACACACCAUACCAACCGGAAAUUUCUCAAGGUAGGUUACAAAGUUUGUUAAAUUAUCAAACCAUGAUUACUUCAUUGACUGGUUUGGACAUGGCAAAUGCCUCUUUAUUGGACGAAGGUACUGCUGCUGGUGAAGCAAUGAGUUUAUCUUUCCACCACUCAAAGAACAAGAAGAAGGUUUAUGUUGUUGAUUCGGAAUUGCACCCACAAACUAUCGAAGUCAUCAAGUCAAGAGCUGAUAAUAUCAACGUCGAGAUAAAGGAGUUGAACUUGGCUACCGAAGAAGGCUUUCAAGAGUUGAACAGGAUAAUUAAAGAUGUUUGUGGUGCUCUUGUCCAAUAUCCAACUACAAAUGGUUCCAUUCACAACUAUUCUCAAAUUGGUGAACUUUUGCAUCAAAAUAAAGCCAUUUUCGCCGUGGCUACCGACUUGCUUGCAUUAACUUUGCUCAAACCACCAAGUGAAUUUGGAGCUGAUAUUGCAUUGGGUACUUCACAAAGAUUCGGUGUACCUUUUGGAUACGGUGGUCCUCACGCUGCCUUCUUUUCUACCUCACAAAAGUAUGCUAGAAAAAUCCCUGGAAGAAUUGUCGGAGUCUCAAAGGAUAGAUUAGGCAAACCGGCUUUGAGAUUAGCCUUGCAAACUAGAGAACAGCAUAUCAAGAGAGAGAAAGCCACUUCAAAUAUAUGUACAGCUCAAGCAUUGUUGGCCAACAUUUCCGCAAACUAUGCUGUUUACCAUGGACCUGAAGGAUUGAAAAAUAUUGCUAAACGAGUAUAUGGAUUUACUACCUUGCUUGCAAAUGAAAUCAAAAAGAAACACGAAAUCGUCAAUGACAAAUGGUUUGAUACUUUGACUAUUAAGUUGAGUGGUGUCUCAGCUGAUGAGAUUUUGAAAAAUGCGUUAGAGAAAUAUGGAAUCAAUUUGUUCAAAGUUGAUGGUUCAACAGUGUCUUUGCAAUUGGACGAAACAGUAGAGAAACAAGAUUUAAUCAGCUUGAUUGAGUUAUUCACAGGCGAAGUGAUUGAACCUUCAAAUGAGUUACCUUCAAUCUCGAAAGAGUUGUUGAGAACAGAUGACAUUUUACCACACGAAGUGUUCAACACUCAUCACUCCGAAACCUCAAUGUUGAGAUAUUUGCAUCACUUGCAAUCAAAAGAUUUAUCAUUAGCCAACUCAAUGAUUCCGUUAGGGUCAUGUACCAUGAAGUUGAAUGCAACGGUUGAAAUGCAAUCGUUGUCCAUCCCAGGAUUCAACUCCAUCCACCCAUUUGUUCCAAUUGAUCAAGCACAAGGUUACAAACAAUUAAUCGAUGAAUUUGAAAAAGAUCUUAAUGAUAUCACCGGUUUUGAUGCUACUACCUCCAUGCCAAACUCUGGUGCUCAAGGUGAAUAUACUGGAUUGUCAUUGAUUAGACAAUAUCACAAAUCAAGAGGUGAAUACGAACAAAGAAACAUUUGCCUUAUUCCUGUUUCUGCUCAUGGUACUAAUCCUGCCUCAGCAGCAAUGUGUGGAUUGAAAGUUGUUCCAGUCAAAUGUUUAGACAAUGGUUCCAUUGACUUGAAUGAUUUGAAAGCAAAAGCAGAAAAACAUUCCGCCAAUUUGUGUUCCAUCAUGAUCACUUAUCCUUCAACUUAUGGAUUGUUUGAACCAGGUGUCAAAGAAGCUAUUGAUAUUGUUCAUCAAAACGGCGGGUUGGUAUACUUGGAUGGUGCUAAUAUGAAUGCACAAGUUGGUUUAACAUCUCCUGGUGAUUUGGGUGCUGAUGUAUGUCAUUUGAAUAUUCACAAAACAUUUGCAUUGAGUCAUGGUGGUGGUGGACCCGGUCAAGCUCCAGUAUGUGUUAAAGAACAUUUGAAGCCAUUUUUGCCGAAACAUCAUUUUGCCAAUACUCCACAUUCAACUAAUGAAAGUAUAAAAGCCGUAAAUUCGGCACCUUACGGAAGCGCUUCUGUCAUUCCAGUCAGUUACUCAUACAUUAAAAUGUUGGGCGCUGACGCAUUACCAUAUGCCUCGACUAUUGCCAUGUUGAAUGCUAAUUACAUCUUAUCCAAAUUGGAACCACAUUACAAGAUUCUUUUCAUUGAUCAUCGUGCAUCAACGAAUGCCGGUUUGAAACAUUGUGCUCAUGAGUUCAUCUUAGACUUGCGUGAAUUCCAAAAGAAUGGUAUUGAAGCUAUUGAUGUUGCCAAAAGAUUACAAGAUUAUGGGUUCCAUGCUCCAACAAUGUCUUUCCCGGUUGCUGGUACCUUGAUGAUUGAGCCUACAGAAUCAGAAAACUUGGAAGAAUUGGAUAGAUUCAUCGAAUCCUUCAUUUCUAUCCGUCGUGAGAUUGACGCUUACAUCAAGGGAGACCCAUUGGGUAAUGUAUUGAAGAAUGCUCCACACUCGCAACAAGAUAUUAUAUCUUCUUCAGAUUGGGCUACUAGAGGAUACACUAGAGAACAAGCAGCAUAUCCUUUGGAGUUCUUGAAAGAAAACAAAUGCUGGCCUACUGUUUCCAGAUUGGAUGACACAUAUGGUGAUUUGAAUUUGAUUUGCACUUGUCCUUCAGUCGAGGAACUUGCUGAGGAAUAA